UCUAUUAGUCGUGUAAGGGUGGGACCCCCCCCGCUCAAAAACGAAAGAGAAACGCCUACCUCAUUGAACUUCACACACUCCCCGCUCAAACUUCACUCUUCUUCCCCAACUACUCUCCGCCUUGUUCGUUCGUUCCUCAAUUCCUCUAUGGACGAAUCGUCGUUGCAAUCCGUCUCCGAAAUAGGAAGACACCUUGCUAAACGAACUCGUCCCAGCAAGGACUUCAUCGUCAAAUCCCUCAGAAAAGCUGCAAAUACUCUGUCUCAGAUAAAACAGUCUCCUCAACCGCGGACGGCCAAGGAAUUACAAGCUGCAAAGAAACAAGAACAUGCUUUGAAGCCCCUGUCAAAUGCUGUGGUUUGUGGUGGUCUGCUUCAACAUGCUGAUAAGGAAGUUAGACUUCUGGUUGCUAUGUGUGUCACCGAGCUCUUUAGACUUAUGGCACCUGAACCGCCUUUUGAAGACAAGCAUUUGAGGGAUGUAUUUACACUUAUCAUUAAUUUGUUUGAGGAUCUAGCUGAUACUGCAAGUCCAUUCUUUUCAAAAAGGGUUAAAGUAUUGGAGAUAAUGGCUCAACUGAAGUGUUGUGUGAUAAUGCUGGAGAUUAACUGCCUGGACCUAGUUCUUGAGAUGUUCAAUAUUUUCUUCUCAGUUGUGAGAGAUGAACAGCUUCUCAUUAGUGCCAUGACUUCUAUAAUGAUAAACAUUUUGUAUGAGAGUGAGGAGGCUUUUCAGCAACUAUUAGGAGUGGUUUUACUAAAUCUUGUUAAGCAAAAAGGGGAUGGAAAUUUUGCUGCUGAAAACCUUGCUGCAUCAGUCAUCAAAACUUGUGCACAAGAGGAUGAGCUAAACCUCGUAGCUUGUGGGUUUUUAGCUUCUUGUAUACACGACAGAGAUGCUAUGGGCAGUGGGCUUAAACAAUAUUACUAUGAAAUUUUCUCAAAAGUUUUUGAGUGUGCGCCUCAGAUGCUUCUGUCUGUCAUCCCAAGUUUAAUUAAAGAAUUAUCGGCUGAUGAGGUUGAUGCUAGGAUAAAAGCUGUGAAUUUGGUGGGUAAGCUUUUUGCGGUUCAACAUCGUGUUGCUCAGAAGUAUCCCGAACUUUUUGUGGAGUUUUUGAAAAGAUUUUCGGAUAAAUCUGUGGAUGUUAGGAUUAGUGCUCUACAAUGUGCUAAAGUUUUUUAUUUAGCAAAUCCCUAUGAUGGCACAGAAUCACGUGAAAUUAUGACUUCUAUUGAAGAUAGAUUAUUAGACUCUGAUGAACAAGUGAGAAAGCAGGCAGUGUUUGUUGCCUGUGAUAUUUUUAGUUCAAACCUGAAACUUGUUUCAUCCAAAUUACUAUCUCAAGUUUCUGAAAGACUCCGGGAUAUAAAGAUAACUGUUAGAAAGAGUGCCUUGCAAAAGUUGAUAAGGGUAUAUCAAGAUUACUGCAAGAAAUGUUACGAAGGUAGCAUGAAAAUUAGUAAUCACUUUGAAGAGAUUCCCUGUAAAAUUAUGUUGCUGUGCUAUGAUAAAGAUUGUAAGGAGUUCAGGUUCCAGAACAUGGAAUUUGUUCUUGCCGAUGAUCUAUUCCCAGAAGAGCUUCCUAUUGAAGAAAGGACAAACCAUUGGAUACACAUGUUUUCUCUUUUCAGUUUUCCUCAUGAAAAGGCACUGGAUACUAUUUUGGCUCAAAAGAGAAGGUUCCAAAAUGAAAUGAAAAACUAUUUGGCUAUGAAGAAGAAAAUGAAGGAAAUUUGUCCUGAAGAAAUGCAGAAGAAGAUUGAUAGCAUGUUUACAAAAAUGGCAGCAUUCUUCCCGGAUUCUCACAAAGCUGAAGAGUGUCUGCAUAAGUUAAACCAAAUUAAAGAUAAUAGUGUGUUUAAGUUACUUGAAAAAUUGUUGGAGGAACAAGCCUUCCCUAUGAUUGAACAAACUAUGAAAGAUAAACAUCUGGCAAUGAUUGGAGGCAGCAAUCCAACUUAUGAGUUUUUACGUCCACUAUUCUCAAAAUGUUCAUCCAACAUUUUCAGCUCAGAGCAUGUCAGAUGCAUCUUAGAUUAUCUUACCAAUAAUGAAAAUAGGACUUUAGAGGAUUCUUCUGCAAAUUUUCUGCUGGCUAUUGUUCGAUAUUUCCCUUCUAUGCUGAAAGGCUCGGAAAAGCAGUUCUUAUUGUUGUUGGAACAUAAAAGUUCUGUUAAGGACAAGCUGAUUGAAGUUAUGGCAAAGGCAGGCUGUCAUAUGUCUUUCAAUCAUAGUGAUAUUUAUCCAUUUUUAAGGAGAAUUUGCUUGGAUGGAACACGUAGACAGGCUAAAUUUGCGGGGUCAGCAAUUGUUGCUUUAAGUUCUGAUCAGUCACUUUUUAGAAAGUUGUAUCAGGAGCUAAUUGAUUCCUUAUAUAGGGAGCGGAAUGUCCCUACUAUUUUGCAAUCUCUGGGAUGCAUUACACAAUAUGUUUCCAAUUUUGAAACUCAAGUUGAAGAGAUCACGUCAUAUAUAUUCCAGAAGAUCAUUCAAAUGGAGCAUUUGGAUGAUGGUCAUUAUGCGACAUCCUUUUAUGAUACUGCUCAAUGUAGCGAAUUUUGUCAGUUAAAGAUUUAUUGGCUGAAAACUCUGGUGAAGAUUUCUUUGCAUUAUGAAGGAAGUCAUGUUGAGCUUAAUAUUAAUGGAUUGUUGGAGAUUUUGUCAAAAAUGCUACGAGAAAGUGAUUAUUUUGUAAAUACAACUGCUAGCUCCUGUGAGAAUGAUACGGCUCAUAUUAGAUUAGCUGCCGCAAAAGCAAUCCUUCGUCUUGCUAGGAAGUGGGAUUUACAUAUUACUCCUCAGACUUUUCAGUGUUGUAUAUCGAUUGCAAAGGACGACUCUUUGUUUGUUAGGAGCACAUUUCUUCGUAAGAUCCAAAAGUUGCUGAAGGAGCAUAAACUACCAAUGAGAUUUGCAUGUGCUUUUGCUUUGGCAGCAACAAAUGGCACCGGCGAACAGCAAUAUCAGAACUACAAGUAUAUGGCAGAGUUUAUAAAGGAUUACAGUAUAUUAGCCCGUAAACGAGAAAGUUCUUCUGUUCAAGGAGUCAUCAUUGAUUACCCAGCAUAUAUUUUGGUCUUCUUGAUUCAUGUGCUUUCUCGGAAUAAUGACUUUCCAUUUGAAGUCUGUCCAGACGAAAAAAUUUAUGCUGACGUUUGCAGUCCACUUUUCUUUAUCCUGCAGGCAUUAGUUGAUAUCAAUAUUGUUGAUGGUGACCUGGACAUUGUUGAUGAUGCUAUCCUACAUAUAGUUAGUAUUUUUCGAGCAAUCAGAAAGGUUGAGGAUGCUAUUGAUGCACAGAUGACAACUAAGCUGCAUAUGCUGGCUGAAAUUGGGAUAUUUACAUUAAAUGAAUUAAGUCAUGGUGGAAUAUCCAAAUUGCAAACACCUGGACAAAUUUUAUUGCCUUCAUCAUUAUAUAGAGUGAGUCUCAUUAAGAAUGAUACUAGUUCAAAAUGUCUGAAGUCAUGUUUUGAGGAAAAUUUUCUAUGUAGAGUUUUUCAAGCACUUAAGGAAUUUACUGUGGCUCAUGGACAUGCUGAAAAGACUGCAAAAAAAUUUCCUAAGCAUGGUCAUAAGGUUCAACAAGAUGUUAAAAAGUCUAAUAUUAAUAUUGGUGGUGUACUGGACUUGGCAUCUACCGAACCAAAUGAUUUGUCAAGGAGAGCAAUAACAAAUGCUAAAAAUGCGAAGCCAGACAUCCGUUCGGUGAAAAGAAGAAAAUGUGUGUCUGGAUCUGUUGGUUUGCAUGAAUGCUCUACAAUCGAGAAGCAACAAAAAAUACCAUCAAAACAUUUUGGGAAGGCUUUAGAGAGCAAUGUGCUUUUGUCGAGUGAUUCUGUGUGCUCUAAGGAUUCUCUGUAUGUAUCACAUGUGCAAACCCGGAAAUCAAAAAGAGCUGCUGCUUGCUCAUUGGAGAAUGCUGUGACAAAUAGCAAACAUAUUGUUGAACCUUUCAAAUGUCCUAGAACCAAACGGAAAGAUACAUGUGGCUCAAAGGAUGUACUAGAAGAUGUUUCAAAUAAAAUUAAUUUAAGCCUCCGUGAACCUGGUGAAUAUUCUUCUCUUGAUGGUGGUAAAAAGGCUGCAGUUAAAAGACGCCAAGCUGCCAGAGAGGAAACACCACUGAAUAAGGAAAAUACAAACGUAAAUGCAAAUGGAAAAUGCAUGGAAACAUCAGCUUCAGAAGUUGUCAGAACAAAUGCAAAUGCUGUUAGAAGAACAAGACGGAAAGUAUAAAUACGGUGCUGUAUUCUCAUGGACACGGAGCUUUGAAGACCGCGUAUUCUAAUCCAGAGUUGUGCACAAACUACAACACAUCUCACUCUGCCGUUAUUUUUCGCACUAACACAAGAACUCGGGCUUCUGUUUAUACGUUUUCUUAUCCUGUAGGCAUGCUAAAACUUUGUACUCCUAAACAAAUGCCCUUUCUUUGUAUGUAUUUUUACUGAUAUUUUCGUUUAGAUAUGAUGAUUGGGAAUAGCACAUUAACAA